UUGUUGUGCCUUGAAGUCUUCCAAUACACUCGGCGAGACCCGCUGUCACGACAUGGCCUCUUGAACAUCGACAGCAUGGACAGAGGACAAUUUCGCACGUAUUUUAGGUUUGAAACAGAUGAUGUGCGAAGCCUGUGCCGUGCACUACAAGUGCCUGAAAAUGUGACAACGCCGCAGGGCGUGCUCGUUUCCGGAGUUGAGGCACUCUGCCUUACGCUACGGCGUUUGGCUUAUCCCAAUAGGCUGCAAGAACUGGAGCCGCUGUUCGGGCGGCAUUAUUCAGUGAUUUCUUCAGCCACUAAUGCAGUACUCGCGCACAUUGACAGCACGUUUGGACAUCUGCUGCGCGAUGUGAAUAACCACACCUGGCUGGACAUCGCUAAACUCCGACUCUUUUCCGAGGCUGUGCAUUCCAAAGGGGCGCCGUUGCAUAACUGUUGGGGCUUCAUCGACGGGACAGCGCGAGCCAUUUGCCGUCCAUCGAAGGACCAGAAGCGGUUCUUUUCAGGGCAUAAGCGCUUUCACGCCCUUAAAUAUCAGUCCAUUAUGUGUCCUAAUGGGAUCAUUUGCCAACUGAACGGUCCGUACGUCGGCAGCCGGCAUGACGCAGGCAAGUUAUUUUUGUUAUACUGAGCCCCGUCCUAUUUGUCCAA